GCAAAGGAUGGAUGGAUGAAAGGAAGAGUGAGCCAAUAAACGAGGGAACGCCGGGAAAGGCAGCCUCAAGGCGGCGGGCCCUGCCACCCCCACCGUCCCAGAGCAUCCCAGCCGGUUCCCGCCCCCGGCCCGAACUGGCCCGCGCGCGCUCGCAGCCCCGCGGCGGAACCCGAGGGCGGCGGCAGCGGUUUCCCUUGAACGAGCCGGGGAAACUGGAGGGAGCACACAGGAAAGGCAGAGCCACGAGCUGGACCAGCCGUGCAAAUCUCUAGAAGAUGACGGUGUUCUUUAAAACGCUUCGAAAUCACUGGAAGAAAACUACAGCUGGGCUCUGCCUGCUGACCUGGGGAGGCCAUUGGCUCUAUGGAAAACACUGUGAUAACCUCCUAAGGAGAGCAGCCUGUCAAGAAGCUCAGGUGUUUGGCAAUCAACUCAUUCCUCCCAACGCACAAGUGAAGAAGGCCACUGUUUUUCUCAAUCCUGCAGCUUGCAAAGGAAAAGCCAGGACUCUAUUUGAAAAAAAUGCUGCCCCGAUUUUACAUUUAUCUGGCAUGGAUGUGACUAUUGUUAAGACAGAUUAUGAGGGACAAGCCAAGAAACUCCUGGAACUGAUGGAAAACACGGAUGUGAUCAUUGUUGCAGGAGGAGAUGGGACACUGCAGGAGGUUGUUACUGGUGUUCUUCGACGAACAGAUGAGGCUACCUUCAGUAAGAUUCCCAUUGGAUUUAUCCCACUGGGAGAGACCAGUAGUUUGAGUCAUACCCUCUUUGCCGAAAGUGGAAACAAAGUCCAACAUAUUACUGAUGCCACACUUGCCAUUGUGAAAGGAGAGACAGUUCCACUUGAUGUCUUGCAGAUCAAGGGUGAAAAGGAACAGCCUGUAUUUGCAAUGACCGGCCUUCGAUGGGGAUCUUUCAGAGAUGCUGGCGUCAAAGUUAGCAAGUACUGGUAUCUUGGGCCUCUAAAAAUCAAAGCAGCCCACUUUUUCAGCACUCUUAAGGAGUGGCCUCAGACUCAUCAAGCCUCUAUCUCAUACACGGGACCUACAGAGAGACCUCCCAGUGAACCAGAGGAGACCCCUGUACAAAGGCCUUCUUUGUACAGGAGAGUAUUACGGAGGCUUGCGUCCUACUGGGCACAACCACAGGAUGCCCUUUCCCAAGAGGUGAGCCUGGAGGUCUGGAAAGAUGUGCAGCUGUCCACCAUUGAACUGUCCAUCACAACACGGAAUAAUCAGCUUGACCCGACAAGCAAAGAAGAUUUUCUGAAUAUCUGCAUUGAACCUGACACCAUCAGCAAAGGAGACUUUAUAACUAUAGGAAGUCGAAAGGUGAGAAACCCCAAGCUGCACGUGGAGGGCACGGAGUGUCUCCAAGCCAGCCAGUGCACUUUGCUUAUCCCGGAGGGAGCAGGGGGCUCUUUUAGCAUUGACAGUGAGGAGUAUGAAGCGAUGCCUGUGGAGGUGAAACUGCUCCCCAGGAAGCUGCAGUUCUUCUGUGAUCCUAGGAAGAGAGAACAGAUGCUCACAAGCCCCACCCAGUGAGCAGCAGAAGACAAGCACUCUGAGACCACACUUUAGGCCACCAGUGGGACCAAAAGGGAACAGGUGCCUCAGCCAUCCCAACAGUGUCGUCAGAGGGUCCCCAGGGCAUUUUCAUGGCAAGUACCCCUCUGCCCCCACUCCAGCAGUGCUUCCCAAAGUGUGCUCUGUCACCUGCUUUGCAAUCAGCUUCCAUUAGCGCAUGUUUUAUUUUGGUGUGACGGUUGGCCCUCCUAAACACGGACUUUCCUCAGGCUGGUUCAAGACGGAAAAGGACUUUCUUCUGUUUUCUUCCAAAGUGCAACCACAGUGGAGAGCCCACAGUGGGCUUAGCCUGCCUAGGCCCUUCCAUUUCUCUUCUUUGACCGUGCUAGGAAUUCCAGGAAAGUGCAUUCCUGCCCUGGUGACCUUUUCCCAUUUCUAGGCUCCUCCACAGGUGCUGCUAUUUUGUGAGCUCCGGCUCCUGUUUAGCUUUUAUUUCAGUUCUAACCUCAGUCCAGAAACAUAUGCGAGGUUGUUUCCCUCUUCAGCCACGGCUACAAUACUGGGAAAUGCUAGUUUUUAUUUUUUUAAGUAGUGCUUCCUAAAUGGUUUGCAUGAGAGCCACCUGGGGUACAUGUUGAAAACUGAUUUAUUUGGGGUCUACCCCAAACCUAAUAACCCAAAUUUGGGGAUGGGGCCCAGGAAUAUGCAUUUUUAAAAAGUCAUCUGCCCUUCCCAGGUGAUUCUGUAAGUUGUCCCUCAACUGUACUUGGAGAAAUCGUGUUUUAAAGCAGUAGUCCACAAAGUAUUCUGCUCAUGUACCCCCAAAAGUAUUUUGAAAAAUCAUGUAUACCCUCACCCAUCUAAGUUGAUAUCUAAAAUUUUAUCUAAGUUGGUAUCUAAAAUUUUUCAUGGGAAGUUAAAUAGUUGACAAAGUAUGUAUUUGCUGGUGUCGUGUAAAUAUUGGUAUUUUAAAAUAAAAACUGUUACAUCACUAUUUUAAA